CACCGAUUCGUAAUGAUGUUCAUCUCCUUCCUAUCUUUUGUAAAUUAGGACACAAUUUAGAAGAGAUUCGUGUAAGAGCAUUGCAAAACAUCAUUGGUAAACUAAAGUACAAUGUGGUCUGUCUUAGUGAUUUGGUUCAAGAGCGCCACCUUAUAACUCGUUUGCUUGAGUGGUUUAAUUUUCCAUCAUGUCCUAACAAAGACGAUGCGUUGAAGUUAAUUUUGGAGCUAGUAAAGCAUCCAACUGCGGCUGAGCUAUUCCUUGAGGUUGGUGCUCUUGAGUUUCUGUCUCAACUGCGAGCUGAUCUAGAUGUAAAUCUCCAACGUAUCGUGGAUGAAAUUCAGGAAAAGUUAUUAUGCCUACCAGAACCAUCCAAGCAUGACCAAGAAUGUGUCUAUCAACAUCCUGAAAAAGGUCCCAAACAAGAUAUACCUGUUUCAGUUGAUAAAGUAGAAUCACAUUUGGAAGACAUAUUAAGACAGGUGCCAUUACAGAGAGGGUUCUUCACAUCACCAGCAUUACAAGAACAGCUCUCACCUUGCAAACAAACAAGUACAGUACAAGAUAAGCAGCAGCAAGGUCGUGAUAAGAUCUGUGGAUUCAAAUUCUCAACAUUUCCUUGGUUAUUGCUGACAGAAACAGAUAAGCAUGUCCUCACAAAGACCAACAGCUCAUUGUGUAGCACUAGUCCUGCUCUUAUUAUCACAUCCUGUGAGUUUAUUAGCGAUGUUGUACUGCAAGACUUCCCUGCUGAAAUCUUUCUUCAAAGAACAGCCUUAGUGAAGAGUAUAUUUUCAUUGGUUAGCAUCAAGCCUCCACAGGCUGACAGUCUUAAUAUUGCUAUAGCUGCCAUGAAUUGCCUGAUUAACCUUUGUCGUCUGCUUCAAGAAAGGGUCAAAUUUUACCAUGACCCUGAUUUAUACUGCCCUCAACAAAGUUCCGUAUCACCAUCAUCAUCAGUAAUGACUGGACGGUCUGUCAGCUCUAUUAGCCAAUCAGCACUCUCCUCCGAUUCAAGGCCUUCUGUAGUUGGUCAAGAGCGAAGACAUCAAGGAGAUGGUCAAGAUGGUGAUUCUUCCACAUUAGCCAGACCAUCAUCAGUAUUUGCUGCGAAUGUUUCAGUUGAUUCUGGUUCGGAGGUUGAGGCUGACCUAGAGGAUGCAGUUCUACUUCAGAUGAACCAGAUGACGUUGCCCCAGUUUGUUAUUGACACCAUUGUACAUGUUGCUCCUCAUCUUGAGUGCAGGGAUUCACAACUCCUCAUUGUUGCUAUGGAUCUCCUGCAUGAAUGCUUGGAACUCAUUGAUAUUUCCAUGACGACAGAGAUUUGGGAAGAUGGUAGCGUCAUUGGAAAGUCUCUGGUGGAGAAGAUUACCGAGGUGUUUGAUAGUAUUGGUGAGAGUGUGGUGAGACACCACAGUGCUUGCUCUGCACCUACUGACUUGAACCUUGUGACAGAGCACAGGCUAGCAUUUGUGGCCUCAGCUGCAGUCACCAUCAAAUUGAUCAUGAAACUUGUACCAUUAGAAAAAAUUCCAGACUGUUUGCCAGAAAGCAUAAUCCGUAUCAUUACAGUUUUAAACUUUGACCCUGUUUUUAAAACAACAUAUUCAUUCAUGAAUGAUGAACUCUUAGCCUUGCUGGAGAGAGUAGACCCUGAGAAAUUGAGAAUGCUUCAACGUACCAAGUCUGUAUGCGAUUCAUUUGAGGCCUACCACACGUUAUUUAAAGAAGUUAGCAAUAAGAACACCACAGUUGAUAAGCUCCUGAUGUAUGCUAAUGAUGCGAUGCUGGGCCUGUCUUGUCAUGGUUGUCUAGAAAUGGUGAAGAAGACACUUCAGCUUCUAUCAAUAUUUUGCUUGCAAGACAAUGGAGAAGCGAAUAGAGCAGAUCAAAUCUUGACUGAUCUGUUGUCAUUCCCAGUGGAGAGUGUGCGUGAGCAUGUCUAUAAUGAAAUUUUUGUCAUGUUGAAGGAAAAUCUAAACAUCGAGAAAGCAAGCCAUGGUAACAUUGAUUCAAGUAAACCUAUCAGGUUCCUGGUCCAUCCCAAUGUCCUCCAAGAAAUAUGUCAUAAUGGCUUAUACAGCCCCAUUACAACUGCUGCUGCAAGUAACAUCAUGCUGCAUUUACUACAAGGAGAGCUCCUUAUGACCCAUGACCUUUGGCAGCUGUUUAAGGAUGCACUGAUUGUGAGCCUACCAUUUCUUCAGGCCUUUGCUAGCAGACAUACUCCACUUGGCAGAUGUGUCAUUGAUCUCUUUACUGAUCUAGGACCUGAUGGCAUAUCUCCAAAGCUAGAACAGUUCCGUGGGGUUCUACGGAUGAUGUUUUCUAAGCAUAGCAGUGUAAGAUCAGAAUGCUUAAGAGCAGUGUUAUGGCAUCUGACAUUGGAGGUAGAUGCUGAGUUCAAGCUUCCAUCCUUCCUGGAGAAUCCUCUGGGAGAUUUCUCAUCUCUGUUUAUCUUGGAGAAUCCCGAUGCACUGGAGGAGGAAGAGCAAAAAUCAUUAUUUCAGGUUGAUCGUCUACUACAACUGUACAAUAUAUUUGUAAACACAGAGACAGAAUUAAAGCUUCGUAAAUCAGCAUUAGAACAGAUAGCAAUAUUAUUACAAGAUGUCACACUGCAUAGUGCAUUCUUAUCCAAUGGAGGCAUGGAGCAUAUCAUGGACAUCUUGAAUCAAGCACUCUCUACAAAAAUCAGUAUCUCAGACCAGAUAGAACUGCAGAGUGUGAUAGGGCCUGGCCUGGUAUGCCUUAGGCACCUGUUUCACAAACAACCAAGCCUCAGGCACAGGCUUGCUCAUCAACCGAAUAUUUACUGCACUAUACUAAGAUGUGCUUUGCUUAAAAGACAUGAGGAAAGAGUGCGGAUUUGCUCAGCUUAUGUUCUGACUUUCUUGUUGUUUGAUGAAGUAGCUUGCCAAGGCUCACCAGCUACCCAAUCACAUACAUUCAGCCUGCCAAGAACUCUGAUAGACAGAUAUCAUCUUCCAUUCCACUGUCCAGUCAGUGUCAUCUCCAACAAUUCUGCAGAGGUGUUCCAGAGUGCUAAGCAGCUCUUGGACGAUGUCGAUGCUUCUGCCAUGUUGAAGAUAUCGUGGCACAUUGCCAGAGCUGGUAGUUUAGAGGAACUAGAAGCCAAGAUAAAGAAGAAAGACAAAGAGUUUUCAAAGUACAACCCACAGCUAGUGAUGAGCGAUGUGGAUAACACCAUCUUCCUAACAACGUACACUCAAGCCUUUAUACCACACAGCCUGGGACGAAUCUGCUCAGCCCAGUCUCAUUACAGUGUCAAGCAGGCACUUCGGAAUGUGACCCAGGCUGUGCAGGUGUUUAGACUGAACCCCAACAUUAAUACUAGGCCACAUGUUGGCUACGACAUUGAGCCUUUGAUGACAGAACUCAAAGAGACCGUCGGAAGAUUUAUGGAAGUGGUGCCUGCCAAUCCUGAAGAUGAACUCCUAUUGGCUGAAGUCCUGAGCUUCUUAAGAUCACUCAUAAGUUCAACCAAUGAAAUAUCCCAAAAGAUGAGAGUUUGGCUAGGGGAUGCAAUAGGACAUGGUGAGACUGCUUUAGUAAACCUGUUACAGAAACGGUCGACCAGCCCAAGGGGUGAUCAGGAACAUAAUGAGAAGGUCGUUGCUGAGCGAUACCUUCAUAAACAACUGUGGCUCCUCAUUCAUUCAUUUGUUCAUAAGCUUCCUCCUUCACAAGAAGCUUGGCGACAUAAGUCCAGUUACUUAGGAGGUGACAUAGUGAAUGGUUUGCUGCUGAGUUUGACUUUAGCUGAUGCUCUUCAUUUCUAUGACUUGCCAUCCCUUGAGAGCACUCUCAAUUGUAUUCUACACAUAACUGCAAGGCCUGGUUGGAGCAAAGACUGCAGUGACAAGGACACCCUAACCCUCUGUCAACAGCUACUGAAUGUUCUGCUAGAGGUUAUUUCUGCUUUUCAUGUUGGUAGAGGAGGUACAGCGAUGUCAUACAUGGGUAAAGGAGUUACAAAGAGCGCCACCUUGUGUCUGAGACAUCUUGUUGCAGAAGUGAGUCAUCAUACCCACAGCAAGGAUUGGGCAAGGCAGUGGCUGUUUCCUAAGCCAACGGGUAUGGAGGCAGAAGAUAUUGGAUUAGCUUGGGUAGUAUCAUUGUGGUCUUAUAGAGACCCUGAGGUACGUGCUGCUGGCUUAGGUAUUGCCUCAGGUCUUGCUGCAUCAUCUUCAGGAUGUUUGACUGUAGCAAAUGGUUGCCAACAGCUACCAGGGGGAUUAUGGGCAAUGGUGUUUGAGAAACUUCUCAACCAAUCAGAAUGCAGCUUAGUCAGGCAGCAGGCUGCAAAUCUGUUAUGCAAUCUGCUAGCACAUCCUAUACCAGAUAGAACGGAGGAAGAGGUUAAACCAGGUGUGUGGCAAGGGCCCUGUGUACAAGAUGAAGACACGCAGGCUCUACUUCUAGGUAAGCCUGCACUCUUAGCUCUACUUCAGCACUAUAGCUUCUACAUAGAGGUAUCCAGUAUGCUGCAGAGCUACUAUGGCCUAGGCACAAUACAACCUGUUACAGUGCUAGAUGACUCUUCAAACAUGUCCAUGGCUGGCCAGUCAAACCUCACUACCACUGAUACUAUAGUCAGUUCACUUACAAGUUCAAGGAGCUCCCCUUCUGAUAAUAAGAUGAUUGCUGUAUCAGGAAACCGUGACAACAUGCCAAUGCAAGGCCUUGAAAGGCCUGCCAUACCUGGACAGCAAGGAUCAUCCAGUAGUUCUCAGGAUGCAACAGCCUCGUACACCAGUUCAAUUAGCAUAAUGAGCAAAAGCAGUCAAGUAAGUGUAGUGACGCCUGGGCUAGUAACAGGUGUAUGCCGUGUCCUGCACAACCUGCUCUCACUUGUACCAUCAGAUACUUGCUCCUCAUUGGCCAAGAACAAUGUUACAGACGUGUUGCUGAGAUUAAUAGAUUCCCAGACACUUGAUAACUACCUGAAGGAUUUCAAAGCUGCCAGCAUCUCUAGAAACAAGGUUACAACAUGCAGGAUUUUACGAGAUCAGCUGUUAAUGGUGACACAAAUACUUGAUCUAAUCCUGUCUGAGAUAAUCCAGGAUCCUAGUAAUAUUAAGAGAUUAGUGGGAUUAAAUCUGCUUCCCAAGUGCUGUGGUCUCGUUGCCCUCGACGUUGCUGCACUCCUUGACACUCCCUUGCAUGAUCUAUUGAUGAAGGUAUGGCAGUGUGUGUUUGCCAUCUUUUCCAGUAUAAUCAAGCUAAGUGCAACUUACAGUACAGAUCAGCUACAGAGUGUCCUCGGCAAAUGCUGGCCUAGAGUAACAGAUUGUAUUAUACACAUAAUGAAGAUACCCACAUUGUCAUCAACCAGGAUAGCUUCUCUGCAUUUCCUAGUGCAACUGUUUUCCUAUGAAGGUCAGGACAACACUGACAUAGACACCCAAGAGGAUGUCGACUCUACAAAAUCAAUCAUUGAUUUACUUGAUAAUAGUAUACAAGUUAACGGAGUAGACUCCAAGCCUAGUGGUAGGGCUUUGUGUGAGGUGAUAUUACAAGGUUAUGAUGGCACCCUUCCCAAGUAUCUUGGUCCAUCACAACAGGAAGAAAAAGCUGCUGUUUUCCAUGCUCUGAAGACCCUGUUAGCUGUAUGUAACACUGCUAAGGACACAGCUAUAGAAGCUGGACUACUUGAUAGCAUAGUAAAUAAUAUGAAAUAUAUUCAAGAGAAGCUGAAGAUGGAAUCAUUACAAAUGGUCAAGCACUCUAAAAAGAAGGAUGAUCCAUUGGUAAUGGAACUUAUUUCAUCUUUUAAUCUACUACAGAAUUUUAUGUUUGCAAGCACUGAAGUAAAGAUGGCAGGCUAUCUUGUAGGACUGACUGGACUUAUUCAGAAACUAUGGUCAUGGUGUCUAUUAGAGCGGCUAUUGUUGAUUGCAGUACUCAAUUGCAUGUGUACGUACACAGCUAAAUGCCCAACAGUUUGUAUCUCCAUGGCUUCCACCCCUGCUGGUCAUAGUGGCAGCUCCCUCCUUCACAGUCUUAUCAAGCUUUCAGAACGAGAACGGGUGCGAACCAUUUCAAACAAAAGGGAGGACACAGCAGUGCAGCAGCAACUGUUCAAUGUACUUGGGAAUUUGAUGUGGUCAGCUGAGUGUAGGAGUGUGUUGUGGAAGAGUAAUUUCCUGCAGGGUUUCAGUGAUGUAACACCAGCAAAGAGAAGUAAAGACAUGCAGAGUAAGGUACUGAACUCUCAUCGUUGGUUGCAUCUUUUGUUAAAUCUGAGUUUUUCAAGUGAAGGACAGAUAAUGAUCAUGAGAAUUCCAGGAUCUUUGGACCUCUUGCUUGAGUACGCCAUGCUAAGCAACACAAACUUGAACAAGCCAGCACUUAUGACACUUCGGAAUUUGUGUUUCCAUUCCACAAACAAGCCUAAACUUCUAGCCUCCAAUAAGGUUGUCAAAUUUCUAAUGGCUCAACUACACGCAGACUCAUUAAAUUGCCGGCAUGUAUCUGCAACAGCCUUGUGGUCUCUAGCAUUCAGCAGCCAAAAGGCCAAAGUAUCCCUGAAGAAUAGUGGACUUGCCCAGCAACUCCUUCAAGCAGACGCUAAGCUGAAGGUGGAACUAGCAUCACCAUACAGUGAAGCAGAGUCCUUAGUCAUGCGCUACCAACAAGCCUUGAAAAAUUUACUCAACAUAGUAAUGGACUAGGAUUAAGUUGGUUAACAUGAAUUACUCAUUGUAAAUAUAUGUAUAAUAAUUUGAGUGAAAACAAAUUAAAUAUUUUAUAUUGAA